AUGAAGGAGCACGACGUGCGACCAGAGUUCUUUGAUGUCGUAUCAUCGUUUUACCACAAGACCCUUAAUAUCGAAGAGGCACUCUCUCUGCCUUUGCAGGUAUUCCUCGACACGAACAGCCUGGAAUACAUGUAUGUCAUCAAAUAUCCCGAAGAAAACCUUCGCGUGGGCGAAGAGCCUUGGUCCAUUCGACAGAUGGCUAUAUACCAUCAAGUCCGACUCCAGGAUCGGCGGUCUACAAUCAUAAUGCUCACUCCGUGCCCAACCACCGUAGCGAGGACCCGAUUGACUCAUUGGGUGAAAACUGGCCAGCUUCCAACGGCAUCGAUGGGCAAUGUCUUCGAGCCCAGUAGGAUACUGCUGACCUGCUAUCUCGACAAUUGGCGCUCAUACAUGAAGUACUACGAAUCAAAAACCGAGCAACUCUCGAUUCGAAUGCUGAACAUAGGCCUCAAAACUCCCAACGGCGUUUCAACUUCCGAUCUGGCUGACAUCAACUACAUCGAGAGCCGACUGACUCCCGCCCAAGCCGUCCUGACGUCAAUCAUAAAACUGUGCGACGAUCUGGAGACAAUGACUGCCGAAGUCAAGACUCUGCUGCCAGACGCUGCAGACGCCCAGUGGCCAAGAACCCUCUCCAACUCUCGAGCGAAGCUCAUCGCCUUUCGCAGCAAUUCCAGCGUUCUUCUGCGAAAAACGGCCAAUAUCUCGCAGAUGCUCAAUAGCAUUCUGACCUUCAGAAGCCAAGAAAUCAUGAAGGAGCAGAGUGAACGGGUGCUCUUUCUGACCACUUCGACCGUCGACGACUCGGCGACUGUUCGCGUGAUCACUGCCAUCACGCUCGUCUUCUUGUCGUUCACGGUAGUUGCGGCUGUGAUGGCGAUGCCGCUUUUUUACCUCGACGAUUCGUCGAGGUUGGUGGUGUCGUCGUCGCUGUGGAUUUACAUUGCAGUUGCUGUUCCGCUGACUGUUGUGACAUUGGCGUAUUGA